AUGUGCUUGAACUUGGAAGCCGACAACGUCGGUGUCUCCAUCUUCGGUAAUGAUCGUCUCAUCAAGGAGGGUGACACCGUCAAGCGUACCGGCCAGAUCGUCGACGUCCCGUCGGCCCUGCUCUCCUCGGUCGUGUCGUUGACGCCCUCGGCAACCCCAUCGACGCGUAGCCGUGCCUCGCUCAAGACGCCCGGCAUUCUCCCUCGUCGCUCGGUGAACCAGCCCAUGAUGACUGGUAUCAAGCCCAUCGACGCCAUGGUGCCCAUUGGUCGUGGUCAGCGUCGCCUUCCACCACCGCCACUGCCGUCUGCCCCUCCCCGCGUGCGAGCGGCCCACGCGGUCUCGCUCAGCGCCGCUUCUACCCCCGCACCCGCCAUUCGCCCAAUACCGAACGCGAGUCGCCAACGCGAUAGCGCUCGGUGUCGUCUCCUCCCGCCCUCUUUCACUCAAUGCCGAGUGCAAACCGCCAACGCGGCGGCGCUCGGCCUUGUCUCUCUCCAUGGCGCCUACCUUCGUCCAGCGCCAAUCCCCGGAGCACGAACUGCGUACGUCUUCCGCUCAGCGUCCCCGCUGCGCCAAAGCACCGGCCUCCAUGGUGCCAGUGCGCUCGACAUCUGCUGCGCCAACGCGCUUGCCCCUGCCCGAGCCCGUGCGUUUGUCCCGGACUGCGCCAAUGCGCUCAACGUGUCCGCCUUCACCUGCGCCAACGCGGCCAGCUCCGCUGUGCCAAUGCGCCCGAUGUUCGCUGCGCCAACGCGCUUGCUCCGGACUGCGCCAAGCCCGCUGCCUUGCCACCCCCCACCCGGCACACCCGUGCUCGACCCCACCUUGCCUUCAGUGCUGGACUCUGCAGCAGCGCCGUGCUCCAUCCCGCCUCGCCGCCGUGCUUGA